AUGGCCCCUUUCAACCCUUUUUCUAUCUUCAGCCAAGCCUUCGCCGCUGGCCAAGCCGUCGAUGAUACUCAGGAAGACGUCACGAUGAUGGACGUCUUCGGAGAGAGCCGAGAUGUCGACAUGGACCGCAUCUCUCCGGUUAAAACAUACAACCCUAAGACCCGAAAGUACUCGGAUAGCAGCGACGUCGACAUGCUCGCCUCGUCUCCAGUUAAAAGAUACAACCCCAAGACCCGAAAGUACUCGGAUAGCAGCGACGUCGACAUGCUCGCCUCGUCUCCGGUUAAAAGAUACAACCCCAAGACCCGAAAGUACUCGGAUAGCAGCGACGUAGACAUGCUCGCAUCGUCUCCAGUUAAAAACUACUACGCCACAGAUGACGAUGACGACUCUAAAGGUCUUCUAGCUAUGGACUGGGAGCCUACUGGGCCCCCGUCCGACGUAGAGAUGACUUAUGGCGACAAGUCCGAGGACGAGUACGACUGGCGCUACGAGCUUAUUUCCGCCGUGUGUGACUACAUAGUGGCACAAUCCCACCGAAGCCAAAAAGCACAGGAUCUUAAACAAUCCCACCGAAGCCAAAAGGCACAGGAUCACAAACAAUCCCACCGAAGCGACAAAGCACAGGAUCUUAAACGAUCCCACGGCUCGGAGAAGAACCCUCGAAAGCAACCUCGACACACUAGUGCUCGAGAAGAGCAGCAAAUGGGAGCCCCAGCGAAGAAGCAAAGAACGGAGCCAGAGGCACCAAAGGUCUUACACUUCCCACGCGCCCACCAAUAUGGCCACUCACAUGGCCACUCGCACGUCCACCCGCACGGCCCCCGCCGAAAGCUAUCAGCCAACCAGAUUCGACGUCGACGACAGUCUCGUCAAAAGUCUGGAACCCCGCCCUUUCGCCGUUAA